AAGAUCCAUGUCGACGGAUCAACAGGAGGGUCUUGAUAGAUGUGUAGAGCGGACCCAUCCCAUUCGGGACCUGACGCGACCCCUAUAAGUUAUUAUACGGGGCGGGGCCAAAAUCGCCUUACGAAAAAUUUUAUACGCAGGCAGAGGUGGCCUGCUAUAGAAAUUUUACGUUUUUUUUUUCAUGCAAGCAUAUUAGAUUAGUGUUGAAGUAGUAGCUUGAUUUCUCUAGUCUGCUAGGCUUCAGUUCAAGAAGAUGUUGCACUGCACUUCGGCUAGGAGGACCGGCUGUGCCUUCCAAGAGCUCGGAAGGCAAUGCGCGCACUGUCCGCUCCUUCUUGCAGGUGUGCAUGCCGGACGAAUGGCUGCGUCCUGUGGUCCGUCGGAAGAAGGAGGUGGUUCGUCCUCGUCCAGAGGACUCGCACCACCCCAAAGUGGAGAGCCCAUAGCAAUCGAAAACUGUUGUGCGAUACUUAGAGCUGCUACAACAGGAAACGGAAAGGACAAUAAAAAUUAUGUGUCGUCCUCUGGAGGUACUAGUACAGCGACAGGUGUUCGAAGAGAUAGUGGACAGCUCAGGAGGAUGUUGAAUCGAACUCCAGUAGCCGAACACACGAAUCUUCACAUGACUGCAUCAGCUUCAUCUUCUUGUUCACCGUCUGUGUCUAGUCCGAUGCUGUUCAAGCGGUCUCCUUCCGCAACUACAGUCGUUAGAAAUGAUGUGUCAACUGCUGCUACAACAGCUACAGGUAGUGCAGCUAGAACAGCUUCAGUAUCGCCUGCGCCAACAGGUUACCAUGAUUCGUCUUCUUCGUCAACCGCAUUCAUAGACAAACGCUCGUUUAUUGCAGCAGCACCAACACUCAGACGGAGGGAACAAUAUGCCGAUGCAGACAGUGGUAUUCGUUCGCUCGAAAGCGAGCAUCUCUUCAGCAGAGGCGAUGGUCGGCAACCCGGACAGCAACUACACGUUCAAGUGAGUAAAGUGUUACCUUGUUCUCCAUCUUCAUCAAGUACUUCCUCUUCAUCAAGUAGCACCUUUACUCGAUCUUCUAGCGCAGCUCGUCUUGCAGAAGAUAGAGGUCGUGACGGGGCUCCUACCAAUCCUCGUCCGUGGUGGAGGCGAAUCGUUUUUCGGCCCUGUGACCGUAUCGGGAUGCCACUAAUCCCCGAACAUUCCUCAAAACUCACGAUGGAACGGAUAUUGCGGGACCGUGGGCCGACUUCUUCUCCUCCUGCUUCUAGGAUGAAGAAAGGGAAAACAGAUUCAGAUACCAGAGGAGAAGGAGGAGAAACCAAAAGUCCGCCGUCUUCAUCUGUGGUGAGUGGAGGUGCAUGGGGUACUAGUUCUAGCAGUAGAAUUAGAGUAGCUGAAGAAGAACAAUCUUUUGAACCCAAAAGAAGAGGAGUCGUGAAAAUCAAGAAUCUAGUAGAUGCAAACGCCCUUGAGGAUUUGGAAACGACUGCUGCGUCUUCUGAGGUCUCGGAGUUGUCUUUCGUUUCGGAGGCCGAGUCAGACUCGUCGCCAUUGCCUUACAUGCGUAGAACUAAAAGUGGUCCUGCGAUUGCGUCAGCUAGACCUUCAAAGUCGGACAAUCCCACUCCAUCAUUCGCUAGUGCAACAGUACUACCACCAGACGCAUCUACCAUCACUCAGGUGGAUAGUUCCGCUGCUGCUCCCUCGACUCGUCCCGCAACGCCAUUCUCAGUACGUACAUCUUCCACCGAAGUAGAGGGAGCUUACAUUUCUUUCUACAAGAGGCCACUUCCAGAGUCACUUGUCCUCUUCCGCUCUACUGCAGGACAACAGAAAUUGGCUGAGUGCAUAGCCAAAGAUCAAAGUGCAGCUUUGCAGUACGCGGCCUUGUCGGAACAGUUCUUGACGCAGAGUAAGCCACCCCUUUGCGGUCCGAGCACUAUUGUGAUGGUGCUGAACUCUCUGGCUGUUGAUCCGGGACGCGUCUGGCAGUCCCCUUGGAGGUGGGUGACAGAAGAAAUGCUCUUGAGCUGUUUGCGACUGGUGGGAGAGGAAGAUGCCACUAGCUCUACAACUUGUAGCUCUUCUAGUAAAAAACGCGCGAACCACACAACUCUUUCCUCCUGCUCUAGUAGCAAAACUGGCACGACAAACCUUGAGAUUAUAGGAGAUUCCACACCUUCCCUCUCCUCUUCGAGCCCUUGUGCGAAGACUCCUAAAGUUUACACCUGUGAUUCUUCCGGUGCUUGCUCUCGCGCUUGCGACAGCUUUCGCAAGCGCGUUUCCGAACAAGGCGUGACAAUGGAAGAAUUUGCAUACAUCAGUGAGUGUAAUGGACUCGCAACUUCCGUCAGGUAUGCAGACGAUAAAACCACAAGUUUAGAGGAUUUUAGGAAAGCGUUGCGGGAGUUGUUCGUCGAGUCAGGUAGUACUCCGUCUUCGGAACAAACAACUGGUAAUGCUUCUGUUACAACUGCCGAAACACGAGAAUCAGCAUCAUCUUCCUCUUCCUCAAGUCCACCAUCUCGCUUAGUCGUCUCCUUUUCCCGCGAGCGAUUAGGACAGACGGGUGACGGGCACUAUUCUCCAGUGGGCGCUUACCAUCCAAGCAGUGAUAUGGUGUUGGUUCUAGACGUUGCGCGGUUCAAGUAUCCUCCCUACUGGGUAGAUGUCCAAACUCUUUGGGCUGCAAUGGCGGCACCCGAUCGCAGCACUCGACAGCCGAGAGGUUACUUUCUGUUGCAGGAGAAAACUAGCGACGAGGAACGUGAUCUUCAACAGGCCAUUGCAGGUGAAAAUAGUACUGCAUUGAAGCAACUAAGUGAAAAGGAAGGUUAUCAUCUUGAAGAAAGCAACGUCGGAUCUGAAGAAACAAGCACGAGAUCAGGACAGAACGCCCUUGGCGCCCCUUCUCGAUCAGCUGCACGCGCUUAUGGGCAGUAUUUGAGGCGACGCUUAGUUUCCGAUGCUGAUACGAUGCAGCGCGUAUUUGCGGAGCUUGACAGGCUAGGAGAGACUAGUACGACAGGAGUAAACCGGAUUCAAGAAGUUGAAAGCCACGCCUCUGAAGUGUGGGAUACUAACCAUGCUCGUUGGAGAAGACAUGCUGUGCAACUGCUGUCAUUGGCUUGUAGGGGUGAACAUGCUGCUGCAGCUUUCUCUGAAGAGCUCACUGCGGAAGUACGGAAAAUGCGGCAUUUCUUCAUAGAUGUGAUCUGAUGGCGAAGAUUAAGAUGCGCAUGCGAGUGAACGAGAUAUUAUAGAUCAUGAAGUCUAAAUUAUUGUGAAGGCAGAGCUAGUUUUUUGAGGGAUUAAAGCUGCCCAUGCGCCAAAUUAGUCUACAGCAACAAGGAACAGCUACAUGUGGAUGUGCUUACCCGAUCGUGCCGGAGCCGGGAAGGUUCACUGUAUAUUAGCCAUAUGAAUGGUACUCGCGGCGCGGGGGAAACAACAUAUUGUGUAGCAUGUUAUCGGAGAAAAAUGACUUGAGAGCGUCGCGCAAUCACUUACUCAUCCAACAUCAUGCUCAUGCCAGAAGAAAGCGCCAACUUUUUUCAACGCCUCUCACUCAGUGAUCUUCCACACAACAUUAUGUAAUCCCUACGCUCCUCAUAUCCUCCCCAUGUGCCAAUCGAUUUCAAUCAAUCGAAAUGAGGAAAUCCUCCGGAAAUGUUGAGGUGACGUACUACGUCGUAUUCUAACAAGGCUGUUCUGUUAUAUUCUAGACAUCAUUGUAUUUUUACUAUUUGUUUGAUUGGUACAACUUCAACAUUCUCUGUCACGUUGAGUGGUGCCAAGACAACUAACAAAGGCCCGGGUGAAAGCUGAACUUCAGAUCUACAGAGUGGUUGACUCCAUAUUGACAUUGAGUGGUUUUCAACAUACAGUUCUUCACAAGCAAAUCGUAGUGAUCUAAAAAACGCCUCAAGAAAGGUGUUGUCUUGCACUUGCACGUCUGCGGAUCUGUUCUGGUAUGUGGUUGUAAAGGUAUCGGUCAAAUUCAGAAGUAGUACUAGUUCUUACUAGUAGUGAAAUCGGUCGCCGAGUCGUGGAGUGUAACCGGAUCAACGAGAUGUUAUUGUGUGAAUCCAAAUUAUCGUAGAAGAUAGUUCUCAACCUUGAACCUUGAAUCUCUACCUUAUACGGAAAAAAA